CGCGAACCGUCGUUGUAAACCGAUUGCGAAGCCCUGGUUUGCAACAUUUCACCUGGACAUGUUCGCACCUAAAUAGUUGAUAGAUGCAAUCUACAACCAUGUCACAAAAGCAAAAGGAUUCGGACUUGCCUCACAGCGGCGGCAGUGCUGUAUUGCGCUGGAGGAGGCUGACGACGGUCGCUGCCGCCGUCUUGAUCGCUAGCUUCUGCCUCUGGCAGCGCUCGCCGACGAGCCCAUGGCCUAGCUUUGCGUCUCCCAAGACCCCCAGCGACGGCUACACGGACUGGGACGCCAUCGCCCCCAGCGAGAAGCUCUCUUGGGUCCCAUGCUUCCGCUCGUACCCCGGCGACUUCCUGUGUGCCCGCCUGACGGUGCCAAUGGACUGGAACCGGCCCCUGAACGCGUCCGCUGCCCACCCCAAAGUCCAUAUCGCAAUGGUCAUGCUGCCCGGCGACGGUCAUUCGCUCGAGUCGGGCCGCUUCGCCGCCUCGCCCGUCAUCAUGAACCCUGGCGGCCCUGGAGGCUCAGGCACCAGCGCCAUGCUCUCCGCAGGCCUGGCCCUCCAAGCCGUCGUCGGCCGCCACCACGACCUGCUGAGCUUCGACCCGCGGGGCAUCGGCGCCACCUGGCCCCAGGCCGACUGCUUCCUCGACGACUUUGCUCCCGAGGACCCUCCCACCCACGAGGAGCGCAAUGCCGCCCUCCUCCGUCGCCUGACGUCCAAGCUGGAGACGCAGGUGAUCGGGCUUGCCAACUCGACCGACAGGGCUCUCGCCCUGACCACCGCCCGCGCCCGCGCCCAGUCGAAGCUCUGCAAAGCGAAGGAUGGCCCGGACAGCAUCUUUCGCUACGUGGGCACCCCCAACGUCGCCCGCGACCUGCUCGCCAUAGUGAACGCUUGGGACGCAUGGACCGACACGCUGGGCGCAGUGGCAGCUCGUCCGGAGCAGCCCUCGGAGGACACACGGGGGAAGCUGGUCUACUGGGGCCUCAGCUAUGGCACCGUUCUCGGUGCCACUUUUGCAUCCAUGUUCCCCAACUCGGUCGGCCGCCUCGUCCUAGAUGGCGUCAUGAAAGCCGACAUGUACUCCAGAGAUGUCUGGGCCGACGCCCUCGCCGACACCGACUCGGUUCUUGCCUCCUUCUUCGGCUACUGCCACGACGCCCAGGAGAGGUGUUAUUUCUACCGAAAGGGCGACGGCCCCGAGGCCAUGGCGGCGCGGUACAAGCGCCUGAUGGCCCGCCUCGAGGAAGACCCCAUCAUCGUGAUCCCAAACCAGGUGCGCAUGCCUAUGCUCCUGCGCGCCUCGGACCUCAAGACUGCCGUUUUCGGCAUGCUGUAUUUCCCGGUAGCCACCUUCCCCACGCUCUCCCUCCUGCUCUUCAUCAUUGAGAGCGGACUUGACUUGAGCCAGCUCGUGGUGCCGCCAAACCUCGCGCCCGUUUGCAGUGCCACAUACGCGCCCGUCCCAUAUCCCGAAGAUAGCCAAUUGGCGAUUAUGUGCAGCGACCGGCGCCAUCAUUGGAAGGAGAACCUCGCGGAUCUGCAGGUCGUUUUCGAGGAACUGGCCCGAGUAUCUGCAUUUAGUGAUUUUUGGAUGCUUAUAAUGGCCACCUGCGCGGGCUGGAACAUCGACCCAGUUGACCCUCCCGAGUUCAACCUCGGCGGUUUCCCCGGCCCAGACAGCCCGCCAGUCAACACCUCCUUCCCCGUCUUCUUCGUCUCAAACACGUACGACCCCGUGACCCCCCUGGAGGGUGGGCUCGCCAUGAGCCGCCGGUUCGCUGGCUCCGGGUUUUUGGAGCUUCAGGCCUCGGGACACUGCACCUUGGCGGCCGUCUCUCUGUGCACAAUCGCCAAAAUCCGCGCGUACCUAGACCGAGGCCUCGUCCCGGACCCGCCUGUCAUCGAUCCCGCCUCGAUUUCCGGGAGCAACGGCGGCAGGCCCACCGGUCGCUGGGAGACGUGUGAGAGCAACGAGAAGCCCUGGAAGCCUUUCGACGGCCGUACGGGGCAUCUCGGCAUCAGCAGUCUGCCGGAGCCGGAUGUUGUGGCGGCGGCGUGGCAGCAGGUUCAGCAAACCUUUCGCAAGCAUGUAGGGAGCCACCUUCCUACCUCGCCAUUGCUGGGGACCGUUCUCGACAUGGACGCCAGUCUCGCCGCCGACCUCUUUGAGAAGCUGAAAGUCGGCCCCGCUGCCGACCAGGCGGAGAGCCCAAGCACGAUUAGCGAAUUGUAAAAGGGGGCAUAUUUUGACCGUAGGAAGCACAGCGGAUGUCUUUUCAAAGGCAUCAUGUACACACCGAAGUAUAUGCACAUGACGGUUACAGGAAUGUGUGAAAUACAAAGCGAGAUGUCGAUCCUCUUUUCCUCUAGAGCC